AGGAGCCCUAGCCGGAGACGGAGACUCGCAGCCUCUAUCCCAUGGCCGGGUCUCCCCGCCGCACCGCGGGCCGGCGACUGCAGCUGCCCCUGCUGUGCCUCCUCCUCCAGGGCGCCACCGCCAUCCUCUUUGCGGUAUUUGUCCGCUACAACCAUGAAACCGACGCUGCCCUCUGGCACUGGCACAACCACAGUAACGCGGACAAUGAAUUUUACUUUCGCUACCCAAGCUUCCAGGAUGUACACACCAUGAUCUUCGUGGGCUUCGGCUUCCUCAUGGUCUUCCUGCAGCGCUACGGCUUCAGCAGCGUGGGCUUCACCUUCCUCUCGGCCGCCUUUGCCCUGCAGUGGUCCACACUCGUCCAGGGGUUCUUCCACUCCUUCCACCAUGGCCACAUCUAUGUAGGCGUAGAGAGCAUGAUCAAUGCUGACUUCUGCGCUGGGGCUGUGCUCAUCUCCUUUGGUGCCAUACUGGGCAAGACUGGGCCGGCUCAGCUUCUGCUCAUGGCCCUGCUGGAGGUGGUGCUGUUUGGCCUCAACGAGUUUGUGCUCCUUAGUCUCCUCAGGGUCCACAUCCAGAAUGCCGCACUGGCCGGAGGGGUUGUGGUGGGGACAUCGGCUGAAAUGAUGCUGACACCCUUUGGGGCUCUGGUAGCUGGCUUCCUGGCUGGGACCGUCUCCACACUGGGGUACAAGUUCUUCACGCCCACCCUUGAGUCAAAACUCAAAGUCCAAGACACGUGCGGUGUCCACAACCUCCACGGGAUGCCUGGGGUCCUGGGAGCGCUCUUGGGGGUCCUUGUGGCUGGGCUGGCCACCCAUGAAGCUUACGGAGAUGGCCUUGAGAGCGUGUUUCCACUCCUAGCCAAGGGGCAGCGCAGCGCGACGUCUCAGGCCAUGCACCAGCUCUUCGGACUGUUUGUCACACUGAUAUUUGCCUCUGUGGGUGGGAGCCUCGGAGGGCUCCUGCUGCGGCUGCCCUUCUUGGACUCCCCGCCAGACUCCCAGUGCUACGAGGACCAGGUUUACUGGGAGGACAUUUGCAGGUGGUCCCCAGAAGAGGUUGGACCAGAGAUGCCUGCUCUGAAGGGGGCCCUCUCUCUCUCUCUGGCCUGGAUUUCUGGAGCUCUCUGGGCCUGCUCUGGAUGGUCUUUGGAAGGUCCCUGGGCAGGACCCAAGCAGACCCAUCCUGGCUCUGAGGCUGAGAGAGGAAGUGGGCUUUGUUGUGCUGGGGCAUCGGCUGGAUUCUUAAGUUCGCUUUUCCCACCCUGCUCGUCUUGGCAGGGGAGCCCUCAGCUGGAGCAGAUGCCCCCCCCCACCCUAGUGUCCCCUCCUCCCCAGCUCAGCUCCAUCCAUCUCCGUCUCCCCAGAGCGAGGAAUGUGGCUCCGGGACACUGCGGGGCUUGUUCCCAAUCCCCUUCUAGCUCAUUUCACUUGGGCCUUUACAGGCGCGCCUUCAUCCCACAGGCUGCUGUCUGGGUUCUGGCUCUGACGGCGCAGACAGAGAUCUCCCCUCCUCCCUGCAAUUCCUCACGCUUCAUUUUGCCCCAACACCAUCUGAGGAGGCUACGCUGUGGGGGGUCAAGGAGCCCUGGUGUGGGAGCCGGUGGGGGCAGUGUCCCCCUUCUUCCCAGCCCUCCAGCCACUCAGCUGGCCUCUGCUGGACCCUACAGCUGCACGGUAUCUGCAAGCUAUGCACAGGGUCUGCAAGCCAUCCAUCCCCUCACUAGCAUUCCUGUCCGCGCCCCGCAAGCCUCGAUUAUUGGUGGAAUUAGUACCGGGCUUCUUGUUGGCAGUUGCUAAUUAAGACCAUUUUUAAACGUGGUUAUUAAUGCUGCAGAGGGCUGUAGCCGCCGGCAUCUAUCACCCGCACCACUGGCGAGGUGCUGGCUCCGGAUGGCUCCCGCCUGCCUCCAUGUUGCCCCACCAGGCUUCAGGUCUUCGAGGCAAGGGUUGGUGGGUACAGAAGUUCGGAGGGGGUUUAGCUGAGCCUUCCAGAGAAAUGGAGGGGCCGCCUUCACUCCAGGGUGCCCCCAAACUGGAACCGUGAGUGUGUGUGUUGGUUGGGGGGGGCACUGUGUGAGCCACGUGCUGCCAGUAUCUUUCUUCCCCAGAAUGUUCAGGCCUGCGUCAGGAUGGAGCUCAUGAAGACUCUAGGGAGAGCUUGGGCCAUCCCCUAACGUGCCCCUCUGCUCUCCAGCAACCCAAAUACCGGCUCUGCCUUGAGCCAGGUGAGGGGGACCAUUUCAGUGAGACACUCCGUAUAAAAGGGGGUGAUGCAUCUGAGUGGAGCACUUACCUCACAGUUGCGGAGUACCUACCAGGUGCCAGGCCUUAGGGAUCCUCUCAUAAAUAAAUCACCCUUCCAGGGCACUGUCCCAAAUCCCUCCAGACUGGCUGAGGUCUGCCUCCUCUGUAGACCCCCUUUCACACUUCAGCCAGCCUCACAGCGUGUUGUAACGAGCUAUUCAUUUUUACCUGCUCACCCCCACUGGACCACGCAUUGCUCAAGGACAGCGGCUGCAUGUUGCUUACUGCAAACAGUAAAAGUCUUUGUUGAUUCAG